AUGUCGGAGAAGGCUUUCCACGUUACUAGUGUCUCGAGUCACCAUGAUACUGACAGGCUUGACGCUGCCGCUCAUGAGGUGGACUUGGCUGCCGUUACCUCACAGCAGUUCUCGUUGAACGAGGUUGCUGGAGAGCUUACACUGGAACAGAAAUUCUACAUUCUCAAGAGAUUGGAGUUUGGCCAUCUUGAGAAGAACAUCUUGACGGAGUUCUUGAAGGACCACCUCGGUGAUGUCAAUGUUCCCAUGGAGGACUACGACUUCAUCGAGCUCCUUACUGAAACAGGCUCCAACGGGAAAACCGCGGGACUCAACCAGGCUCUCGACCACUCUUCUGGAGACGAAAAGCAGGAAGCGUAUGUUCAGGAACACUCCAUCACUCUGCUUGAGUCGAAUGAUCUCAAGAAGGUUUUUGACAGAGACCUUCAACUCAAGACGGAGGCUGCUUUGGUGGCAUACUGGUCGCCAUACCCAGAGGUGAGAGCUGUGACUGAUCCCUUCGAUGAUCCCUCCAUUCCAUGCGAGACCUUCAGAGCGUACCUCGUGGGAAUUGUCUGGGUUGUCCUAGGCACUUUUAUCAAUGAGUACUUCAUGGAGAGACAGCCUGCAAUUACGUUGGGUACCGCUGCGGUCCAGCUUUUUGUUUACCCUAGUGGAAAGCUUGUGGAGUGGGCACUUCCAGCCGUAUCAUUCAAGGUUUGGAAGUACAACGUCAAUCUUAACCCGGGCCCCUGGAGUCACAAGGAGCAGUUGCUUGCUACUUUGUUCUACAGUGUCAGUGGAAGUGCUGCCUACGCUUCAUACUUCAUUAUCUUGGAGAAGUUGGACAUCUUUUACGGCAACCCAGCCUUCACGAUUGGUACCCAGUUCCUUCUUGUCUUGACUUCCAAUUUUAUGGGUUUUGGAUUGGCUGGCCUUUUCCGUAAAUUCGUUGUUUAUCCCGUGACUGCAAUCUGGCCCACCAUCCUUCCAACCCUUGCCAUUAACAAGGCGUUGGUGCAACCAGAAAAGAAGGAGAAGAUCAACGGCUGGACCAUUUCAAGAUACUCCUUCUUUUUGAUUGUCUUCGCAGCAUCUUUCUUUUAUUUCUGGAUUCCCGACUAUCUUUUCACAGCAUUGUCUACUUUCAACUGGAUUUCCUGGGCUGCUCCAAAUAACUUGAAUGUGGCUGCCAUUACAGGCUCUCAGACGGGUCUUGGUUUUAACCCCAUCACCACUUUCGACUGGAAUACAAUUUUAAACACCCCAUUAGCCAUUCCUUUCUUCGCCCAGCUUAAUUCUUACAUCGGUUCCUUGGUCGGGUUCAUCUGUAUUGUCGCUGUUUGGUGGACAAAUUACAAGUGGACUGCUUACUUGCCUAUCAACUCUAACCAAGUUUUCACCAACACCGGUGAACCUUACGCUGUUAGAGAAGUGUUGAACAGUGAGCAGAAGCUUGACCAGGCCAAGUACGAAGAAAUCGGUCCUCCAUUCUACACUGCUGCUAAUUUGGUAGUUUACGGUACAUUCUUCGCCUUGUAUCCGAUGAACUUUGUCUACGUCUUGCUUACACAGUUCAAGCAGAUCAAGAUCGCCGUCUUGGGUCUCGUAAAGUCGUUGAACUUCAAAAAAGCCCGCUCCACCUACCAAGACUUUGAUGAUCCUUUCUCGGCUUCCAUGAAGAAAUACCCCGAGGUUCCAGAGUGGUGGUUCACCAUUAUCCUUGUCAUCACUGUUGUGUUGUCCAUUAUCACCGUUGAAGUCUACAAGUUGCAAACACCAGUUUGGACUAUCUUCUUUGCUAUUGCCAUGAACUUCGUGUUCUUGUUGCCAUUUGCUGUGGUUUACGCUGCUACAGGUACAGAAAUGUCAAUCAACGUUCUUCUUGAAUUAAUCAUGGGUUACGCCGUCCCCGGUAAUGGUACAGCCUUGAACUACGUCAAGACUUUGGGAACCAACAUUGAUGUUCAGGCCGAGAACUAUAUCACAAACCAGAAGCAAGCUCACUACUUGAGAAUCCCACCCAGAUCCCUUUUCAGAGCACAGUUGUUGUCUGUGAUUCUCAACAGUCUCAUGUCUGUGGGAGUGUUGAACCUUGCUAUCAACGAGGUGCAAGACUUCUGUCACCCACACCAGCCUCAGAAAUUCACCUGUCCCGGGUCUACAACUGUAUAUUCUGCGUCGGUGUUGUGGGGUGUUAUUGGACCCAAAAAGGUGUUUGGAGGUCUUUAUCCUAUUUUGCAGUGGUGCUUCUUGAUCGGCUUCCUUCUUGCCUUCCCAUGUUGGGCUCUCAAGAAGUACUAUGGAAGAACUAUCGUCGGUAAGUACUUCCACCCCAUUGUGUUUUCCUUCGGCAUUAUGAUUUAUGCCCCUUAUAACUUGUCGUACUACACUCCUGGUAUGAUCUUGUCCUUCUUCUUCAUGUAUGUGAUCAGAAAGAAGUUCACAGCCUGGUGGGAGAAGUACAAUUAUAUUCUUUCUGGAGGCCUCACCGGUGGCAUUGCUUUCAGUUCCAUCAUCAUUUUCUUUUCGGUGCAAUACCACGAGAAGGACAUUAGCUGGUGGGGCAAUAAUGUUAACAACCAGAAUUUUGAUGCCAAGGGUCUUCCGCUUCGUAAUGUGACUCUCGAAGCACCUGAUGGCUACUUUGGCCCAAGAAAGGGCAACUUCCCUUGA